AGAUAAAGAGACAGCUUUGGUUGGAGGACGAAGAAAAACAAGGUUUUUUUUUUUUUUGUUUUUACAAAGGUUAGGGAAUUGGCCAAAUUAAGCAACCAUGCUGUUGUUAUGUCAUUCUCACAUCUGGCCCCCGGGUGAUUGGCCGGGACACUUCAGCCGUGCCUGCUGUCGGUGCGGUCAAGCCGGGGGUGACAGGAAGCGCGCCAUGGUCAGUCGAUCCAGUGCGCACUAACCAUGCCUCCGGCACGGCCCGGAGCACCAAACUUCUUUCACCAUCAGCGCUUCAAAGUUCGCGGGAUCGUCCCGGCACUGAAGGUAUCGGAGGGGGGAAAGAGUAGUGGAAGCUUUCAGUGCAUGCUGUGAGUUUGCCGAAAACUGGAUGUUCUGGUACACUGCUGCUGAUUCUGCUGGCUGAGCCCUCCAUCUGUCAGUCUGUCUGUCAGUAACUGUCUUAUUCUGGUGUCCCAAGGCUUUGCACUGGCUCAACCACAGUCAUGGAGGUGGCACUGGUAGACUUUGAGAGUCUGGAUGACAUUAAUGGCAGCCUCGAGGAUGAGGUGGACACCUAUGCAGAUGAGACCACAGCUCUCACUGUGGACAUAACCCCAGAGCACACCGGCCCAGGCAGCAGCUACCUUCUGCGAGCCCCUCAACUAUCCUCCACACCCUCCCAGUACAGCCCUGUGCCCUCCCGCAUGUGGGAAUCCACGUCAUCUUCACCUAUUCCACAGACACAGACAUUACAAGUACCCCAGUCCCCAACAAUGCUGUCUCCAAACAGACAAUGGCACGGUAGCUGUGCCAGUAUGAUCUCUAACUGGAAAUUGCUACUAAACAGUGAAGGCACUAAGGAGAGUGAGAUCAUCUUCAACCGGCUCGCUAAGGAAUGCUGUGAAGAUCUCUUCGUAGACAAACGGGGGCUGGAUGAUGGAGACCAGAAAGUCAUCAUCAACAUCGCAGGUCUUCGUUUUGAGACACAACUCAAAACACUGGACCAAUUUCCUGAGACACUUCUGGGAGACCCAUUUAAGAGGAUGGACUACUUUGAUCCAAUGAGAAAUGAAUACUUUUUUGAUCGGAACCGACCAAGCUUUGAUGGGAUCUUGUAUUACUACCAGUCAGGGGGUAAGGUCAGACGACCUGCAAAUGUUCCCCUUGAUGUGUUUGCAGAUGAAAUAAUUUUUUAUGAGCUUGGAAACGAGGCCAUGGAGCAGUUCAGAGAAGAGGAAGGAUUCAUAAAAGAUGUUGAGAUUCCUCUCCCUGAUAAUGAUGUGUAUAGGCAAUUCUGGCUGCUGUUUGAGUACCCAGAGAGCUCCAAUGCAGCACGAGGUGUAGCACUGGUAUCUGUCUUUGUCAUUGUCAUAUCCAUCAUUAUUUUCUGCAUGGAAACGCUGCCAGAAUUCAGAGAUGAAACGGAUUCAGUUGUGCCCACUGCAGCACAACCGUUCAACCAAACUAGAGGCUACCCUUCUGUGAUGCCACCUAGUGGAAAGCCCACAACUUUCUCUGAUCCUUUCUUCUUCAUUGAAACUGCCUGCAUUGCUUGGUUCUUCUUUGAGCUGUGUGUACGAUUUGUGGUCUGUCCUAGCAAAAAAGAGUUUUUCAACAACCUCAUGAACAUAAUUGACAUCAUAUCCAUCAUCCCCUAUUUUGUUACUGUGGUUACAGAACUGGUCACGACCCCUGAGGAGAGCUCAGGACAGAACAUGUCUUUGGCCAUUCUGCGUAUUAUCCGCCUGGUCAGGGUGUUUCGUAUUUUCAAACUCUCACGACACUCCAAGGGGCUGCAGAUCCUGGGACAGACUCUGAAGGCCAGCAUGCGUGAGCUUGGUUUGCUCAUCUUUUUCCUCUUCAUCGGAGUCAUUCUCUUCUCCAGUGCUAUCUACUUUGCUGAGGUAGACGAGCCUAACACACAGUUUGUCAGCAUACCCGAUGGCUUUUGGUGGGCUGUGGUUACCAUGACCACUGUAGGCUACGGGGACAUGUGUCCCAUUACAAUGGCAGGGAAGGUGGUGGGCACUUUGUGUGCCAUUGCAGGUGUGCUGACCAUUGCAUUGCCUGUCCCUGUCAUCGUUUCCAACUUCAACUACUUCUACCACAGAGAAACAGAAGCAGAGGACAAGUUGCCCCUGGCGGAUGCUGUUGAGCAAGCCAUGCAUGCCGAGACAAGUACCAAACAGGGUAGCAAUAUAUCACUCAAUAAAGCGAAUGGCAUCUGGCAGACUGACAAUGGAAAAUAACUGUAAAAGAAUACUGUUAGGACAAAGGACUGGAAGGACAAACUUUGCCACAAAGGAAGAAUGCAGCAGAAAAAUAAUAUGGACAAUAUUUUACUGGUAUGAUUUCACUCGACAAGUGGUUGAAAAAUAUGUUUUAUAAUGAAUAUCCAGUUGGACCACAUUUACCUCUUUUGUGUAUAUUUUUAAAAGGAGACUGAAGUUGUGGAAGAAUAAGUGGAAGAAUUUACCAUGUUCAGGAAUUUAUGUCAACAUAUUUCAAGUUUACUUAAUAUCAGGCAUUUUAUUUGCAUAUAGACAGAGCAAAAUAUGUCAUUGUCAUACUUCAGCAACAUGUACAGUAUGCAACAAUAUCUGCAAUAUCAUUUAAGUGUCAAAUAAGUCAAAGUUGUAUCACCUCACACAAACUGCAUCACUCCUAAGUUUAACAGUAGCAUAGUUGCUCAUAUGUCGAAUUUAAAACUAGCUGUUUAGAUUUCACAAUAUCGAAAAUGCAAGCCCCACAGUAGAAACUAGAAAAUAGAAAAAGUUUACCUUUCAUUCCUAAGAUUCAGAUUGUUCUUUUUUUUCCAAUAUUUCAUAUGUCCACUUUUAUUUUUGAAGACAGACACAAUCCUUCUCUACAUGGAGUUUUUGUUGCAUGGAGUCUGCACAGAGGUUUAGAUUUUGGCAGUUUGUUUGGGAUUGUUAUCAUGCUACAAUAUUCCUCACACUCCCACUUUUGUGCUUCGCUGUCAGGACUAUGCAUUCACUGUGGUAGACCUGGCCAGGUUUACGUCAAACAAUCUGGACCCUAUCUGAGCCGAACAAACGUGUCUUGAUAUCAUCUCUCCAAAGAAUGAGCUCCCGGUAUUAAUGAGGCUUCUUUUGAGGUCCUUCAACAAACUUUAGUCGUGUAGUUUGGUGCUGAACAGCAAGCCAGGGGUGUUUUUUUGGGGCACCAUCCCUACAGGUUUGCAUUAUGAAUGUUAUGCAUUAUGAGUUUUUUACACUGUCUGAGCUGUCAGAAAAAGCUCUGAUGCUCUCUGAUAACUCCUACAAGUCUGAAGCAGUUGCCCAUCUGUUUUUCAGAGCUAGAUUAUGCAAAUAGUGCAGUGUCCAUACUGUCUAAUUUUGAGGAGGAUGGCCACUUAGUGGUACUAAGGCUCAUUCUACACUUAUUUUAGUCAGUCUUCAUUGUAUAUCAUUUUCCAUCUUUGCGUCGUCUCACAAUCACACUUUUUAAUUCCUCUGGAAAUUCCUUUCCAUGAUCCAGAUAUACAAAUAGACACAACCCACUAGUCGAAAGUUGAGAAAAUUCUGGUCAUUUUGUAACCAUUCUAAUAAUAUUCUGCUAAUUGGAAACCACAGGUGUACUCAGUUUGGUGUCAGUCCUCACAGGUUGUGCUAUUUUGGUUGCAUCGAGUUUCUACUUUCUACUACUGGAGUCCGAAUUUACAAUAUAGUCUUUCUGAAGUAUGCUGACUGUAAGAGAAAAUAAUCUACAUGCCUGCUUAGAAAUAAUUCUAAUAUUAAUAGGUAAUACAGUUCUGAAUCAUUUGACAUUGAAGCGAUAUUGCACACAGUUUUACUUACUUAUUGUAUCCUGACCAUCUAAGAGUUGUUUUUGUUAUAACUUCGGUCUUACUUUCAUUUCCUUGGCCAUUAAUCCUAUUGUUUAUGACAUUUUGCUCACUAGUUUCACUGUUUUAAUUUUAUAAUAUUAGAACUGCAUUGCAUAGGUACUCCAUGGUUCCGUUUAUGGUAAUGAGCUUUCUGUCGCUGGAAAACUAAUAAAUCAUCAGAUUUUUAUGAUGAGUUAUAAGGUUGUGGAAGUUGUGCAACCCACCGUGUGUGCGUGCAUGCGUGUGAGUGCAGCAUAAAGAAAACACUAAAGCUGACACUGAUAUUAGACCAUUCCUGUAACAUCUUAUUUCAACCUUUAAAAAACUGUUUUAAGUGUAUGUUCUGUGAUUCCCAGUAGAUGGUGUAGUAACUGUGAAAAUUUGUUGGGAAACUGAUAGGAAUGAUGGCCAGUUCAAAAGAAAUAAGACCAAGGCUGUUAGAAAAAAAAUGAACAAAAAAAUCAAUCACAAUUUUCCUCAAGUGUCUUGAGUAACCUGUGCAUAGUGUCUAGAUUGUAGCCUGUAUUUAUGUAUUUUAAAAUGUAUCAUGAGUCUCCUGUAUUUAUUUAUUUACUCUCUCCAACAAGUAGUGCAGGUAAGAAUUCUCCACUAACAGUCUAAUUGACUCCACAUCAUGUAUUAUAAUGGAGUGCCUUAAUUUAUGUCAUGUUGGAAUACUAUCAAAUUUGCCAUAUAUAAUCAUUCUGUAAUACCUAUGUUUAUCAUAUAUGUAUGCUCAGUAUUUAGAUUUCUGCUUGGGUGACACUGCAGAAGUUUGUAACCACUCUGUCCCCAUUCUGGCAUUUUUUUUCUCUAAAAUAAUGUCCAAAUAACACAUUUAUCCUGACCUGAAACACAAUGUAAAAUAUCCAAAUUGUAAGAGAUCCUAUCUAUUUAUGAGGUACAAAGUCUUUUUAAAAUAUGAAUUUUAUGUUGGAAAUGAAGAUGAAGCAUCUUCAUUUUUGUCAAUUCAUAGAAAUACAUCCAUCAAUUUUGGAAAAACAAUGAGAAACCUAAAGUGAAAAGGAAGCAGUAAGCCAAAGAUAACUGCUUAAUAAUAACUGCUGUAGGGCCAUGGGACAUUGGGCCAACAUAUACCAUGAUCCGAUUUUCACAAAUAAUUGUAAAUUAUGCUGUAUCAGUGUAACAUACUGGUGGUAUGUUCUAUGAGUGUUUCUUUUAUAAAGUGUUUUCCUAUUAUAGAAGAAAGUUUGGGAUGUAAGUGACAUGUCAAUCCAGAUCUGGGAAUAUCAUAUUAUCUCAAAAUAGAUUUAGACUUGUGUAGCGUCUGCAUUUCUGGUUUUGCAUCAACUUAACAUCAUACAGUGGCAAGAAAAAAAUUUGCAAAAUCUUUGGAAUUACCUGUUUUUCUGCAAUAAGUGGUCAUAAAGUGUGAUCUGUUCUUUAUAGCAGUGACAAGUGUACACAAACAAAAUGUGCUGUAACUAGUAACACACAAACAAUUAAGAUAUUUUAUGUCUUUGCUUAAUAUGCUAAUUGGACAUAGCCAGUAAUGUUGGAGAAAGUAAGCAACUUUAAUAGACAGAUACGAUUAUUUUGAUGAUGGUACAAGCCAAGAGGCAGGCUGCAUGGUGGAGGCAGCAUCCCUAAAUCAUGAUGCUGCCUCCACCAUGCUUUGCCUUUGGGAUUAUGCUUUAAUGUUGGUGGGGAACAUCCUGUUUACGCAAUAUACAUAGAUACAUGUUUUCAGCAAAAUGGUGCUGCUUGGAUAUUAACAGUCCAAAAACAUUUUCACAGUAGUGUCAAGGUGAAGGCGGCUCUUUGACAAACUUCAGGGGUGCAGAUGUGGCUGAAAACGACACAGUGCUCCAUGUAAUUAUGUAUUGUAGCCUCUUGAAGUAAGAUCAUAACCAGCUUGAAUGAUUCCUACAAGGCUUCAGCUGUUAGACCGGGCUUCUUUUUUUACUUCACCGAGCUUGACCAUUCUGUGUUUUGCCUUUAAGGUCAUCUUAAUUGGGUGCCCACUUCUAGGGAGAGUAGUCACCACAUUGAAUUGUCUCCAUUUAAUUACAGCUUGUCUCACUGUGGGUAAUUAUUGAUCUUAAGUCUACUGGGAUCACUUGUAUUUUAUGCAUGGCCCACAUCAGCAGCUGCAUCUUGCGAAAAGUAAAUUCAGCCCUAACGGACUAAUCUCUGACUCCAGCUAGCUUUUGUUGGUGUCACUGGUAAAGGUUCACUGAAUGUGCUAUAUGGACACGAAUGAUACAAAGAUUUGUGUGUUACUAGUUGUGAUUUAAAGGAAAAUCUUACCAUAAUAAAUGUAUUCAGAAAUGCAGACAAUUCCAAAAGUUUUACCUGUUUUUUUUGCCACUAUGUUUAUGUAUGUGUAUGUUUUUUCUGUCAGUUUGACCAUCAGCUUCAUGGCGAUUAUGUCAGUUAUGAUGACAGUUGAUGUCAGUUUUUGAUAUAGCCAGUCCUUCAUCUGUAAAGUCAUUGUUCAACUGUACAGCAAGUUAACCGGUAUCGUCAUGGCUACAGCAGGCCAGAGUUCAUUACACCAACAAGACCAUUGCACUGUAUUUAUAUGUACGAUAACAUUUCAGUAUAUGAUUUACUGUGACGUAGAUGCAAUACAUUCUGGGA